CUAAUAUCACCUUAUCCUUCAAGAGAUCCACAACAAAACCAUGGCUCCACGCUUCAUCAAUGUCUUCUCUUCUCUUCUGGUGAUUCUCGCAGCCAUUGAUGGCAGCAAAGCGGUCGAUUACACAGUCACCAACAGCGCCCUCGCAACCCCCGGCGGCCGCGUCUUCCGGAACAAAGUAGGCGCCGCAUACGCCAGGCAAACAAUGAACUCUGCAACCCAGUUCAUAUGGAGGAUCUUCCGGCAGAAUUCAGCUGCAGACAGAAAGAAUGUUCAGAAAGUGAGCUUGUUCGUGGAAGACAUAGACGGAGUCGCAUUUGCAAGAGGCAACGAGAUCCACCUCAGUGCAAGGUACGUGGGAAGAUACUCAGGAGAUGUGAAAAGAGAAGUGACUGGUGUGCUGUAUCAUGAGAUGGCUCACAUAUGGCAGUGGAAUGGCAACGGUAGGGCUAAUGGAGGGUUGAUCGAAGGGAUUGCCGAUUAUGUGAGGCUCAAAGCUGGCUAUGCACCGAGCCACUGGGUGAAACCAGGUCAGGGAGAUAGGUGGGAUCAAGGCUACGAUGUAACUGCUCGUUUUCUGGAUUACUGUAACAGUCUGAGAAAUGGGUUUGUUGCAGAACUGAACAAGAAGAUGAGGACUGGGUAUAGUGACGACUACUUUAGGCAGCUUCUUGGGAAAUCUGUGGAUCAGCUUUGGAGAGACUAUAAAGCCAGAUUUGGUAAUCUGGAGGUGUCUUAUAUAUAAGAAGCUAAGAAGAGAUUAUUCUUAGUUUAAAGAAUAACAAGAUGAUGAUACAUACGUCCUUUAUCAUCGUUUUGUCUAUGAAGUGAAUGCAUCAUAUUACUGCUUAAGUGCCUAUAUAGUGGAAAAGUCGUGUGAAGGUUUUGCUCUAGCUGCGUAUGCUUUUCUGCAAAAUGGACAAGUUUAAAUUUUACUGUGCAUAUUUAA